GAGCGUCGCAUUCUCUGGCCCAAGCAGCUCCAGCGAGAGGCCGAGGCUGCUGGGCAGGCCGGACGCCACAGUGAGUUUCGACUCUUGCAGGUCCUCCGGCACGUUCGCGAAAAAGGUCGUCGUCACCAAGGAGGACACCGACUCCCAGGAAUCCUCCCACGGAGCGAAGAAGAGCUGGGGCAUGAGGAACCUGAUGAUGAGGGUCAGGAGCAGCGGGCGCCGGAUGUCCAUGACGUCGAUGCCGACCGACGCCCACGUCCGCUCGCCGCCGCACAGGUUCCCGAAGCUGGCCGCGCUCGUGAGGUCCCGCGAGUUCGAAGCCGUAAUCGGAGUCGUCAUCAUAGCCAAUUGCGUGACCAUGGGACUGGAGGUGGAGACCCUCAUCGGCAGGGCGGGGUUCUACACUCCGGCGAUGGUGUUUAUGGACAACUUCUUCGCCGUCGUAUUUCUGAUAGAGCUCAUGAUGCGCGUGCUGGUGUUCGGCUGGAGGAGCUACGUACCUGGGCUCGCCACGGAGAAGUGCGGCUCGGUGUGGAACCUCCUCGAGGCCAUAGUGGUGUUGAUUUCCUGCGUCACUGCGUGGCUGAUCUCGCAGGACUCCGAGAACACACCCGUGCUGCAGGCCCUCACCAUCCUUCGUGCUCUCCGACUUGUGCGGGUUGUCCGCGUCGUGUCGCGCGUCAAGAUCUUCCAUGAGGUGUGGCUCCUGCUGCGCGGGCUGACGGGCUCAAUGCGCGUGCUGUUCUGGACCGUUGUGGUCAUCUUCUUCAUCACGUACAUGUUCGCCGUGUUCGGCGUUGUCCUGAUCAGCGUAAAAAUCAAGGAUGCGUACGAAGCCGAGGUGCUUCGCACGCAGGCCCCCGCCCCCGACUUCGCCACGUUUUCCGACUGCGGCGCGGCCGUCGGCGCGGCGCUGGAGCGGAGCUCCGCGCGGAACGGCCUGGAGCAGCUGAGGAUGCUGCACAACAGUACCCUCGGCAUCUGGCAGUGGAUGUUCACUCUGCUACAGGUGCUCACCUUGGACUCGUGGAUGUCCAUCGCACGACCGAUGCAGACGUACGUGCCGUGGUCCUGGGCCUUCUUCUACCUGUACAUCGCCAUCGCGGUGUUCGUCCUGAUGAAUCUGGUCACGGCCAUCAUUGUCGAGAAUGCCUUGAAAAGCUCUCAGAAGGACGCCGAUGAAGUGCUGGCCGAGAAGGAUCGAGAGAAGAAAGGCGCCUUGAAGAGGUGCAAAAGGCUCUUCCACCUGAUCGACGAGGACCAGAACGGCUCCUUGACGCUGGAAGAGUUUACGAAUGCGUUCAAGGACCCCGCGUUGAAGAAGCAGUUGGAGGUGCUCGACAUCCACGAAGAGGACGCCAAAGACGUGUUCAAGGUCAUGGACACGGGCGACGGCGUGCUGGAGCUGGAGGAGUUCUUUGAGGGCAUCACUCGCAUGCAGGGCCCUGCACAGGCGAAGGACAUGUUCCGUGUGUUGCAGAUCACGCAGAAGCUCGCGAACGACAUCAAGGUGGACCUGUACGGCAGCUCGAGCGCCCAGCUGCCCAGCUACGCGCAGCUUCCGCAGGACGACGCCUCCAGGGGAGGGGGGGGGGGCGGCAACUGCGCACAUGCCUCGGAGGAGACCGGGCGGUCUGCGGCGCUGCCCUCCGCGAGGCGGCGGCGGGCUGAGCUCGCGAGUGCGGCGGGCCUCGCGCCGAACUGUGACGCGAUGAAGGUGUCCUACUUUUUCGUCCAGGGGCCGUGCAUCAUCCUGGCGGUCUCGGCGAAGCUCAGAGAGGCGCGGCGCCUCGGGCAUCUCGCGCGCGUCGCGGGUCUCGCGCCGCGCUGCUCCCCGGCACGGAGAGUCCUUGAAAGCCCCGUGAACGACCUGCUGAAGAGGUUGGACUUGGUGUGCUCCAGCGUAGAGGCUUGCGACAGGAUGAAGCUGAGCCGGCUGGCGGGCGCUGCGGACGAGCCGAAGGCAGUAUCCUCGUCAAGCCUGCCGACGGAGAUGUGCGGCUUGACACACGUGAAUUGCCACAGGGUUAUGCAGAACCUCAGAGUUUGAGGUCACCUUGUAAGGAGUCGCCUGCGACGCGAUCGGUGAGUGCUGGCAUCGCAUAGUUUUUUUUGUUGGUAGGGUAGCGCAGUGCGCACGGUUGACGUAUAAGGCCACUCGGCAGCCGCGUGAAUUUCCUGAUAGUCCCGUGCGGCACGGACCACCCGCAAGGCCAGGUAGGUGUCUUCCUGCACCAUGCCAUGAGUUAGCGUGGCAGUGGCCAUGAGGUAGGAUCAAGCUGUUUCCUGGCAGACGCCGCCUCAUUCCUCUGGGGCGGGGGAGGCACACGAGGGCUGGGCCGGGUCGUCCCGCCCUCGCCCGCGCUCUUCCCCGCCGCGUUCGGCGCGCCGCUCCGCGCGGGGCGCACCAGUAGGACACCCUCGGCGGCAGCUGGAGGGGCCCUGGGCCCCUCCAGCUGCCGCCGCCCCCCUUGCCGCGGCGCUCCUUGUCGAUCCAAGGCCAACGCGCGCGCCGCGGGGGCGUGCCUGGCUGCGCAGUGGCGCGGCCCCAGGCGCCGUCGUUGGCCGUGUUCGGCCACGUGGGCCCCAGGCGCCGCCGUUGGCCGUUCUCGGCCACGCACGGAGGGGAGUGAUGGGCC